AUGGCGACACAAGCUCUCAUCUGUGAGAAACAGUAUUCUUCAUGGAACUUGAACGCUUGCGUAAUUUCUCAGAAGCACCAAAAUCAAUUAAUUCUAACCCUCAUCCAAGGCCAACCCGCGCAGCACAGACCCCUACCCCGGCACCACGACCCCCCUCACCCGCAGACCAACAGCCCCUUCUUCCCGCGGCUCCCUGCGGAAGUCCGCCUGCAGAUCUACGGCUGGCUUCUCGGCCACCGCUCGCUGCACUACUUCAACUGGUGGGACGAAUCCGCGCAGCGAUGGCGGACCUUCCAGCACGGCUGCACCUGCUUCCUGAAUACGAUUCUCGACGGCUCGUGCAUGUAUCGCCGCAACCCCGCGGACCUUGAGACCUGGCACGCCUCGGUGGAAGCCUUCGACGCCUGGAUGGAUCUCGCGCUGAUGCGCACGUGCCGGCAGGCCUUCACCGAGGCCCUGCCGCAAUCGCUUGCUCGCGCCGAUUACACGCGCGUCUGGCGGGCGCUGGCGGCCACGUUCCCGCACCUACGGGAGCUGCGGAUCGGCAUCUACCCGCGCUUCGGGGAGGAUGAGGGCUUUGACGAGGCGGGGAGGAGAUUGCCGUCUGCGCGGAUUCAUCGGAAGCAGCAGCUGCGGCGGCGACAACAGACCCGGUCGGAUAGUCGGCAGUUCGUCGACGACGAAGACCUCCCCGAGUUUCAAGACGCGUGGCUGGAAGGCAUGGAGUGGGCAGUCGAUCGUCUAUCUGACUUGAUGGUCUUCCAGAUCGCGCUGCACAUGGACAUCUAUCACCAUCUGCGGGCGCGGGUGAAGCUCUUCCUGGCCGCCCGGCAACGACAGCGCCAGCAGCAGCAGCAGCAUGGGGGGUCAUCCCCGAUUCAGUACAGAAUGUGGAAGGCUCCGGAUGACCGAAUUCUCUCUACCAGAGGCGAUACGCGACCGUUGUCGGCGGGUAGCUCCGUGCAAGGCCUUGACCUCCGGCCUAACUUUUGGGUGGGAGGCAAGGGGAAGUGGAUGAGGCAGGUUGGUGGCAAGAUGACAUUCCCUCCGGACCGGAGCGAACCUACUGUGUCUGAAAGCUUGAUUGUUGAACGCUCUGUGGAGUGGGUGGAAAGAUUAUCGAAAAAAGUUCCAAUCGCCAAUUUGGACUUGUUAGCGUUGUCCUACUAA